CGGUCCGCGGCCUGGUCCACCGCGGCGCCUCACGGAACCGCGCCCCGCCGGGCGGGAAGAUGGAGGAGCUCGUCGUGGAGGUCCGGGGCUCCAAUGGCGCCUUCUACAAGGCAUUUGUAAAGGACGUGCACGAAGAUUCAAUAACUGUUGCAUUUGAAAACAACUGGCAGCCUGAGAGACAAAUUCCAUUCCAUGAUGUGAGAUUCCCACCUCCCGCAGGUUAUAAUAAAGAUAUAAAUGAAAGUGACGAAGUUGAGGUUUAUUCCAGAGCAAAUGAAAAAGAACCAUGCUGCUGGUGGCUGGCUAAAGUGAGAAUGAUAAAGGGUGAGUUUUAUGUAAUAGAGUAUGCAGCUUGUGAUGCCACUUAUAAUGAAAUUGUCACAAUUGAGCGCUUAAGAUCUGUGAAUCCCAACAAACCUGCAACAAAAGACACUUUCCAUAAGAUCAAACUGGAAGUUCCAGAAGACUUACGGCAAAUGUGUGCCAAAGAAUCAGCACAUAAAGAUUUCAAAAAAGCAGUGGGAGCUUUUUCUGUAACGUAUGAUUCUGAAAAUUAUCAGCUUAUCAUUUUGUCAGUAAGUGAAGUAACAACGAAGCGAGCAAACAUGCUGAUUGAUAUGCACUUUCGAAGUCUUCGUACUAAGUUGUCUCUGAUAUUAAGGAAUGAAGAAGCUAGUAAGCAACUGGAGAGUUCCCGGCAGCUUGCCUCCAGAUUCCACGAACAGUUCGUUGUACGUGAAGACCUGAUGGGUCUAGCCAUUGGCACUCACGGGGCCAACAUUCAGCAAGCAAGGAAAGUCCCUGGAGUCACUGCUAUUGAUUUAGAUGAAGACACCUGCACGUUUCACAUUUAUGGAGAGGAUCAAGAUGCAGUGAAGAAAGCUAGAAGUUACCUUGAGUUUGCUGAAGAUGUAAUACAAGUUCCGAGGAACUUAGUAGGAAAAGUGAUAGGAAAAAAUGGAAAACUGAUUCAGGAGAUAGUGGACAAAUCAGGUGUUGUGAGAGUGAGAAUUGAGGCCGAAAAUGAUAAAAAUAUUCCACAAGAAGAGGAAAUUAUACCACAAAAUUCCCUAUCUUCCAAUAAUUCAAGGGGUGGACCUAAACCCGCUGAAGCAAAGAAACUCUUAGAUUUAAAGGAAAGCAGCACCCAUUUUUCUCAGCCCAGCAGUACAAAAGUCCAAAGGGUGUUAGUGGUUUCAUCAACUGUAGCAGGGGAAUCACAGAAACCUGAAAUCAAGCCUUGGCAGGGAAUGGUACCAUUUGUUUUUGUGGGAACGAAGGACAGCAUCACCAACGCAACUGUUCUUUUGGAUUAUCACCUUAACUAUUUAAAGGAAGUAGAUCAACUCCGUUUGGAAAGGUUGCAAAUUGAUGAGCAAUUGAGGCAGAUUGGAGCCAGUUCUAGACCUCCUCCAAAUCGUACAGAUAAGGAUAAAGGAUACAUGACCGACGAUGGGCCGGGACUUGGGCGCGGGAGCCGACCUUACCGAAAUAGAGGGCAUGGAAGGCGUGGUCCUGGCUAUGCUUCAGGAAAUGAUGAUCAGUCUCGAUCAGAUAAUCGUCAGCGUAACACAAGAGAUCCUAAAGGAAGAACAGCAGAUGGAUCACUUCAGAUCAGAAUUGACUGCAAUAAUGAACGAAGUGUCCACACUAAAACAUUACAGAAUACCUCCAGUGAAGGUAGUCGGCUGCGCACGGGUAAAGAGCGUAAUCAGAAGAAAGAAAAACCGGACAGCGUGGAAGCCCCGCAACCGUUGGUGAAUGGAGUGCCCUAAAUGGAAUCGUUCUCAAGUCACAUUUCCUAUACUGUUUCAGUAAUUCUUAUUCCACAUUAGAGAAACUUUGUUAGGCCAAAGACAAAUAGUAGGCAAGAUGGCGCAGGGCAUGAAAUGAACAGAGAAGUUCUAUUACCCUUUUUUAACAUCAGCUGUAAGCAGUUGUUUUCAGAAUAAGAAAGUUAUACAAACAUUUGCAUAAAAUACCUUGUACUUCUGAAAAAUGCUUUCAAGUACAUAUUGCACUUCAAGAAAUAAGAGGUUUUUUUGUUAUAAAAAUACUGACUGUGCAUUGGUAUAUACUUUCUGUUCAGUUGUACCAUUUUAAUGCAUUGGGUCAAAAAUCACUGCUAAAAUUCAUUUUUUUUCUGAAUAAAUAGUGUUUGCAGUAAUCAAAUUGGGCUUCUGUUUUCAAUCUAACCUGGAAGUUCUUCAUGAAAUGCUAUGUCGUUUCAUGUCCUGUGUCAGUUCAUGUUUAGGUCCACUUUUCCAAUAUUCUAGUGGACCCCGAAAUAUGUGUGAUGUAACAAUUGUCAUUUUCAUUAGCAAAAAAAAAAAAAAAUAAAAAAAGUUGUAUGAUCUGUGCCUUUUUUAUAUCUUGGCAGGUAGGAAUAUUAUAUUCGGAUACAGAAAUCAGGGAAGAUGAGUUGGAAACACUAAAUGUAAAAUAUAUGUAGCAAACCCUGUCAGACAUUAGUACUUUAUAGAAGAUUGCAUGCUUUCCAUAAUUUUCUUUACAUAAACAUCAGGUUAGGCAGUAUAAAGAAUAGGAUCCUUUUUUUUUUUUUUUUUUUGCACUGAAGAUCGGCAGAUAGUGUUUAUUGAGGGGGAAGUGUAGUUUUUCUUUGUAGACAGGAUGAGAAAUAACUCUUUCCUUUUGAAAGACUCAAAAUCCUUGGACUAGGAACAAAUCUUCCUGCUCAUGAGCUAGCGGAAUAUGCCUGCUGUUUGGCCAGAUGACCAAUUUAAACUUAGAGCCUUUAUUACUUCACCCUCCCAAAAUAAGUGGAAUCGUUUUUCAUACUUUUAAUUUCAAGCUUAUCUCAGGGGAGGUAGGAAGGUAAUUUCCACGUGCGAUCGAUACCCCUUGCAGCGCAGGUGUAUUAUGUCUUAAGUAACAUUGGGGGCAGGUUAAAUUUAAGUUUUUGAAGUCCAAGGUCUGAUCCGCAAGAGGAAUCGGAAGGCAUUCCGGAAUUUGAUGAGGUGAUGCUUAAAGCGGGAAGGGGUGCGGCCUGAUUCUCCUUUUUAUCUUCUUUUGGAUCAAGAUUGAAAUUUGCUGGGGAAAACUGUGAGAGGGCCUUCGUUUUAAGAUGUUCUAUUUUUCUUAAAAUUACUCCAAUAGGGGAGCCACUGAUUAUGUACAGAACUGUACAAACCUGAACCUGCCUCUGAUGGUGUUUUGUGAGUUUUGUUCCUUCGCUCUUUUCAUUCUACUGUUACUUUUCCUUGCAUACAAGUUAAGCAUAUACAAAAAUGGCAACAAACUGCACAUGAAUUAACGGAUAUAAAAACGUCUUAAAAAGUAUUGCCAAACAUUAAUGUUGAUUUCUAGUUAUUUAUUUUGGGAAUGUAUAGUAUUUGAAAACGGAAAUUGGUACCUUGCACACAUCAUCUGUAAGCUGUUUGGUUUAAAAUACUGUAGAUAAUUAACCAAGGUAGAAUGACCUUGUAAUGUAACUGCUCUUGGGCAAUAUUCUCUGUACAUAUUAGCUACAACAGAUUGGAUUUUAUGUUGACAUUUGUUUGGUUAUAGUGCAAUAUAUUUUGUAUGCAAGCAGUUUCAAUAAAGUUUGAUCUUCCUCUGCUAAAUGACGUUGAUGCAAUCUUUAUAAAUGAUUGCUUUUAAAAACAACUUAUAAAAUAGGGAACGAAGCCUAUACAAGUAUAUUCUAUGUUACAAAGUUUAACUGUAACCGUUGCUAUUUAACAUGUUGUAGAGAGUCUCCAGUUGCCUACCAAUUUUCAGUAAUCCGGCAGAGCACUCAACGAAAUAAGAUGUCAUUGGUGAAAUGGUACAAAACCUUGUCCCAUUACAAUAUGCACUAUAUGUAUAUUUUUUACACUCCAAGGCUGAAAGUUUAGUAAGGCGCUGUCUAGCUUAAAUGUGAAUUACUACAACUGUAAUUUGAUAGGUUCAUCACAUGCUGUUAUAAAAUGGAGGUGGGGUAAAGAAACAUUUUACAGUAUUUGUGUGCUAAAGUUAAAACAUGUAUGUCAUUCAGUUCAAAAUCCUGAUGUUUUUUAAGUCUUAUUAAAUAAUUUCAAAAAUCUGAAAACUGUAAAUCUAGAUGUAAAAAUUUAUUAAAAAAUCAUGCUUGUGACAAAG